UAAAUAAUAUUUUAUAUAUACCUUCUAACAUCUGAAGCUCGAUCUGAAGGUACUUUAGUGGAUUCACAUAUUUAUUUCAGUCUAAAUGCAAUAAAACUUUGAAAAUGGAAGCCGAAAAUCGUACAUGGACAAUUGUAAAAUUUCUUCAGGACCAUUCGGUCGCUGCAGUUCCAACAACCUGGAUAAAUAAUUAUAUGUGCUUCUGGCCACCCUUUACGCCCCAAAAAGUAUCGGUGGCAAUAAAAUCACAAGAUUUUAACACAUGCUGGCCAUCAUAUAAAGUGGAUAUGUUUCGUAAUGCUACUUAUGACAACUAUGAAACGGCAAGAGGAAAGGCCAAAAUAGCAGAAGAUACAAGCGAUCUAAACUCUGAGGCAGAUGAGAUUUCUAAUGUUAGGCCAUCUAGGAGAACACGUAAAAAAAUAAUAAGUUCAUCAGAUGAAGAUAGUGAUACCACCAUCAUACCAAGUCCACAAAAAAUGAUCACUACUAAAAAAAAUCGAAUAGAGAACAUCUCCAGCAGACAACAAGAUGACUUGGAUUCUAAUUCCAGUAAUUCAUUGACUGGCAGUAAAAGAUGGAAUAAUUCUGAAAUAUUUGGUAACAAUUCAUCAAAUAUUCCACCAUUUUCGUCAUCUAUGCCUAGUUCUGUUGAGAAUACGUCAGGAAGAAAUACACGAUGUACAUGCUGUUCCAUUCAUGGUAAUACUGACAUAAUUGUGAUUAUGAAGGAAAACCUAAUAUUAUACAGCUGUUUUACAGGGGAAUAUAUUAAGGAGCUGGUUAAAGAAUUAUCUAUGACUGGAGGGAACAGUCUGUAUGAUUUUGUAAGAAGAUGCAUGGGCAGGUUGUUUACUAACAAUUUGGCACACAAUUUCAGUUGGCUGGGACGAAGAGAGAAAAAACCCUUCCAUGACCUAAGAGUAGCUAAUUUGAUAAUGAAAGCUAUCAUUAAAGCGAAAAACGUCGACACCAAAGAAGCUGAAAGGGCGUUGGCAAUGUGGCUGCGUAGAGCAGGAGACCGAAUGAAGAGUAAAGCUACUUGAAUGUGUAUUUUAUAACUUCUGUUUUGAGAUUGUGAUAUACAGGGUAGACCAACCAACUUCAAGCAUUUUUGAGUCACCUUGUAUAUCUCAAAAUAUAUAAAAAAUGUGCUGCUCAUGAGAGAAGACCAUCUCGAUUUUUUUUUCUAAUUCAAACAGUAAAGCCUUCAUCUCACUUUGUCAUAACUAUUUUUUGUAUUUUGUUUCAAAAUAUGUCUACUUGAAUAUUAUGUAUUUUAUGUUUCUUUUGUGUUUGUUAUAUAUAUAUAUAG